CAUCCUUGAGCAUAACAAACACACGAAUGCAAGAAAAAGAUAGAGAAAAUUUUAAAAUCACCAAUGAAAACAUGACACGUGUGAUAAUAACAUGAGAAAGUCGUUGUAUUUGGGCAGAUAACGUUCAUUUGGAAACAGAAUAGCAAAGCGCGCUUUCACUUUCCUCAUGGCUCACAUCUGCCAAUGUCUGAGUCGACUGUUAACCUUCCGGCAAGACUUCCCGGUAACCAUUUCCGGCAACCACCGCAAAACCGGGCAACAGUUUGUGGUGGAAGUGGCAUCACUAGCACACGGCCUUCUCCAGCUUGGAGUCUCACCCGGUGACGUUAUCGCCAUCUCUGCAUACAACAGUGAUUCGUAUUUGGAAUGGUUAUUAGCCAUUGCAUUUGUUGGAGGAAUUGCCGCUCCUUUGAACUAUCGCUGGAGUUUUGAAGAGGCGAGGUUUGCAAUGGCAGUAGUGAAGCCAGUGAUGUUAGUGAUUGAUGAGAGUUGCUAUUCAUGGUACUUCAAAUUCCAACAAACUGAUAUUCAAUCUUUGAAGUGGCGUGUUUUGUUGGAUUCUCCUUCUUCAGAUUUUGCAAAGAAAUGGAAUGUGUUGACUCCAGGAAUACUUAAGAAGCAUAUUGUGAAACCUAUAGAGUUUAAUUACUCCUGGGCACCUGAAGGAGCUGUCAUAAUAUGCUUUACUUCAGGAACUACUGGAAAGCCCAAGGGAGUGACAAUAAGCCAUGAAGCUUUGAUCAUACAGUCCCUAGCAAAGAUUGCAAUAGUUGGAUAUAGUGAAGAUGAUGUUUAUCUUCAUACUGCUCCAUUAUGUCACAUUGGUGGCUUGUCAUCCGCAAUGGCCAUGCUCAUGGUUGGAGGUUGCCAUGUAUUCAUGCCAAAGUUUGAUGCUGAAUUAGCUGUUGAUGCCAUAGAACAACAUACUGUCACAUCUUUUAUCACAGUUCCUGCCAUAAUGGCCAGUUUGAUUUCUAUUGUUAGGCACAAAGAAACAUGGAAAGGUGGAGAACUUGUCAAAAAAAUACUCAAUGGGGGUGGAAGUCUCUCACUUGAGCUUAUCAAAGACAGUAACAUAUUCUUCCAUAAAGCUAAGCUUAUUUCAGCUUAUGGGAUGACAGAGGCAUGCUCUUCACUGACAUUCUUGACGCUAUAUGAUCCAAUGCAAAAAACCACAAGCCGUCCUUUUCAAACAUAUGGUGAGGUAGAAUCCAAACAUCUCAUUCACCAACCACAAGGUGUUUGUGUUGGCAAGGCUGCACCUCAUGUAGAGCUGAAGAUAUGUACAGAUUCUUCUGGUGACACUGGAAGAAUUUUAACUAGAGGACCACAUUUAAUGGUCAGGUAUUGGGAUCAAACUCUCACAACCUCAUCUAAUCAGAGGAAUGAAGUAUGGCUUGACACAGGUGACAUUGGAUCCAUGGACUGUCAUGGUAAUUUGUGGCUCCUUGGACGUACAAAUGGUCGCAUCAAGAGUGGCGGGGAGAAUAUUUACCCUGAAGAGGUUGAGGCAAUUCUACUAGUACACCCAGGGGUUGCAAAUGUUGUUAUUGUGGGAAUUCCAGAUGCUCGUUUCACAGAGCUGGUAGCAGCAUGUAUCCAACCUAGUGAAAAUUGGCAAUGGUUAGAGCAUUCUACUUCAAAUGAAGAGUAUCACUUAUCUAAAAAGAAUCUCCAACAAUACUGUUUGGAAAAUAGUUUAAGCAGGUGGUCAGUAAGGGGAAUGAACUACAAUAGGUGUCUGAAACACGCUAUUGUAGUCUAUCGAAAUCUAUUGGAUCACAUUGAACAUGAUGAUGUAAUACUCCUACCAAACUAUAGUUAAUCUAAAAAUACUUCUCAAAUUUUUUUCCAUCUAACGAUUUGGUAUUUUUUUCGAGUUUGUUUGGAGGCCAUAUCUGAGUCUGGAUCAUGAUGUGAACCAUGACGAUGCUGCAAUUUGGACAGCGAAGACACCGAUUAUCUGAUUCACUACAGUUGAAAUGCACCAAAGUGACCGGGUCAAACUGCAGUUUGGAAUGCUACAACAUAUUCCAGAAUCUCCCACGUGUUUGGGGAAUUGGCAUCAAAAAAGGGUCGAUGCACAGUGGGAUUAUUCUGACUGCAGAGACUUUGCAAAAGACAUGUGUCGUCAAUGGAGGAAUCGACGACAACACAUCCUGAAUGAACCAGUCAUCCAAGGUGCAAGACCGACUCAACAAUAUAUGACAUGGUUUAGGUCUGUAACAACUCAGCAAUUCGUAUCUGAGCCGUGGUAUUUGAUGGAUCCGCACCAACUUGCUUCGUCAUCGUAUGUCCCACAUCAAUUCACCACCCAACAACCAACCACACAACAUCAACCGACCACAUACACAAAACAACCACACACCCAACAUCGCAAUCCGUUCAUGUCAACCAUCCAACGUCGCAAUCCAUUCAUACCACCCACCCAAACACAAAACCAAGAACCAAACCCCGCAACCACAACCGUCUAUAGCACAAAUGAUUCAUAUGGGUCACGUCAUCGUAGCCCCCCACCAUUUAACACCCAACCACUGUUUAACUAUAGUACGCCCCAAGAACCAUUGCUUCGUUUUCAAAACGACUCAAUGACCCAAUUUGUGCAACUAUACCGUCCCCAAUUCACCCAACCCCAACGCCUUAACUACGAUGACAUGGACAUCGAACUCCAUUACGGAAGCGCCGUUGGCCACAGCCCCUCCGGAUAUUGGGAGCAAAUGAUGACACAUCUGUCAAAUACCGCCGGACCUUCCAACCAGCCAUCGCUCGAUCAGGUCAGCAUCCAAAGACCACAAACACCUUAAGAAAAUUGUGGGAGACCUCGGAGACAACCUAACACACCGGGACGUGGAACCGGGGGACGUUAUAAUCGGGCGGGUCAUUAGGGUUUUGGUCU